AUGCUGCUGGGCCGGGUCACCUCCACCCCCUUCUUCGUCAAUGACAUCCUGCGGCUGGAGCGUGAGCAGAGUGAUCCCGAGGCUUUGCCACAAUGGGGGAUGCCGAGGAGCCCAGAAAACUCUCACUACCUGGGGAUGGACUCGGAACCGCGAGGGUCAGAGGUUAACCACGCUGGUAAUGGGGGUGGCUGCGAUAAAGAGCGAGGAGGAUCGGAACCUUCUGGGGGACCGUGUGAGGCAGUCGUGGAGAAGGACACGGAACGAGGCGGGGAGCCACAGCCGGGCCUGGGCGCAGCCUCAUCCCUCCGAGGCGGGAAAAGAAUGCUGGAGCGCGGCGUCGGGACCUGCGGUGGCAGCACGCAACAGCCCAAGGCGCGACAGCGGCGGAAGCCGCGUGUCCUGUUUUCACAGGCACAGGUGCUGGCCCUGGAGCGGCGCUUCAAGCAGCAGCGGUACCUGUCGGCGCCCGAACGCGAUCACCUCGCCAGCGCGCUGCAGCUCACGUCCACGCAGGUCAAGAUCUGGUUCCAGAACCGGCGCUACAAGUGCAAGAGGCAGCGCCAGGACAGGUCACUGGAGCUGGCUGGCCACCCACUAGCGCCCCGCAGAGUGGCAGUACCGGUGCUGGUGCGCGAUGGCAAGCCCUGCCUGGGCCCGGGCCAGCCGCCCUUCUCCAGCCCCUACGCGGCGGCCACGGCACCCUACUCCUGCUACGGCGGCUACGCUAGCGCCCCCUACAGCGCAGGCUAUGGCGUCGGCUACGCCAGCGCAGGACCCGCGGCGCCCACGCCACUGGCCAACUCGGGUUUCAGCCCGGGCGGCCCGAGCGCCACACCUCAGGGCCAUCUGCCCUCCGCGAUGCAGGGCGUCAGGGCCUGGUGA